AUGGAACCGCCGUCGCCGUUUUGCUGUUCCGUUCCUCUGACUCCAUCGAAAAGGGUUUUCAACGGUAGUAGUAGUUCGGCAAUAUUUUUGGAGGAUGACGAUGAUGAAUUGGUUGAAAUCCCCCCACCACUGCGGUCGGCUAAUGGGCGCUGGAAACGGGCCAAUCAGGUUGAAGUUGAACAUAAGAAAAAGAAGCAAAAGGAGGUGAUUCCGCCCCCCGAAAUCAUAGACGUUGACGACCUGGAUGAUGAACCCGAAGAUUCCACUGAUAAGUUGCCUUUCAAAAGUUUUGAUACGGUUGAAGAUUUCCCCGAUCACCCUUAUUUAGAGGACGCCUCAUCGAACAAACAACCUCCAAAGGAAUGGGCAAAGAAGAUCCAGGGGGAAUGGAAGAUUCUCCAGGAUCAUUUACCCGACACGAUUUUCGUUAAGGUUUGCGAAUCCAGGAUGGAUAUUUUGAGGGCUGCCAUAAUUGGUGCUGAAGGAACUCCAUACCAUGAUGGCCUCUUCUUCUUUGAUGUCUUCUUCCCAAGCAAUUAUCCUUCAGUUCCGCCUCAGGGGGAAAUAGAGUCAAGGGAAUACAAUGAGGAAACUCUGAUCUCGUCUCUGAAAACAAUGGUGUGUCACAUUAGGAAUCCACCUAAGCAUUUUGAAGAGUUGGUCGCCGGCCAUUUUUCCCGGCGCGCUCGCGCUAUAUUGUUGGCGUGUAAGUCUUAUAUUGGUGGAGCUCAUGUGGGCGGUAUUGUGAACGGAGGAGUUGGUCAAGAUCUUGAAGAGGGUGACACAACUGAGAUUUUUAGGGGUGAUUUGACAAGGUACAUUAAAACACUUGUGGAAGCAUUUAAAACAGUUAACGCUAAUGGUUGUGAUGAGUUUCUUUCUUUAGCCCAAACUGCUGCAAAAACUACACCGAAGAAGGGGGGAAACUACUGGUUCUAUUGA